CACACGUCGUCAUUUGAGAAAUGAAAUGACAAAAUCUACCGUAGACGUCACCUUGUCCCAAAAUUUUUGUUAGACAAUGACAGUAAAGGGAUUGAUAAAAUGAGUAAGAAGCAGUAUACAGAGAUAUCGACAGUACCCCAAGAUGCGAGACAUCAUAAUUGCAACGCAACAGCUUGGUGUUUUUCGGCCUAUGUUGACCAUAAAAAAUGUAAUCGACUUCUUGGAGAAGGGAACCCUUCAUGUGAACAGUUUGCGAAAGUGUUCAGAGCAAUAUGUCCCAACGAGUGGGUGAAGAGAUGGGAUAACCAGAUCGUUGCAGGAACGUUUCCCGUCGAUCUUCCGCCUGCUGCUAGUGAUUGUAGUCACAUCAAGAAGUAAACCAGUAAAGAUGACUCAAUGAUGUUAGCAUAUUAAUAAAAUUAUUUUUCGCUUUAUGUAUGUUGUCAAAUAUUGUUUUUUAAACGAUAAAACUGAAAAUGUAUUCUCUCAGUCAUUAUGAUAAUAAAACGGUAUAGCCAUA